AUGGACGCUGCGACUGACGAUCAUGCUCACCAGCCCCCUCAGGGAGAUCCGACUGGAGCUAGCAAGAAUAUCAAGCACCUCACUGCAUUGGAGAUAUUCGUUGCUGUGGCACGCGACUUUCGAGACUCGCUUCCUUCUAAGGAACAAAAAUUGUUCCAAACAUUCCAAACACAGCAGUCGAUGGUAGAGGAGAUACAGAAGGAUGUCAGGACAUAUCAAAAUAGUCGCAAGUUAUCACUUUUAUGCAAAAAAGUUGAAAGAUUCUCGACCCCUUUGGCUCCUUACUUUGAAGUCGUUAGCAUAACCAUCCAGUCCAACCCUGAGUUUGCGGCACUUGCUUGGGGGGCGAUUCGUUUGUUGGGGUCUAACUACACCAUUUUCCUGGAAAAGAUGAUCAAUAUGUUCGAAGAAAUCGGAGACAGGCUCCCAGCCUAUGGCGAGUACUACGAACUAGUCAGAAAGAGAAAGGAAGCAACGAAUGACAACAGCACUGGUAAGUUGGCCACAGAAACGAGUAAUGAUCGAUUGUGCAAAGCGCUCUCAUAUCUGUAUGCCGAUAUCAUGGAGUUCUGCCAGGAAGCAUAUCAAUUAUUCUCCGCAAACAGAAAAGGCGUUCGACACAAUCUUAAAGUUAUCUCGAACCUGUUUUGGAAGCCAUUUGAUACCAGAUUCUCGAAUUUAUUGGGAAGGCUCAAGUCUCAUCAAGCUCUCUUUAGAAAUGAGAUGCAACCAGAGGAGUCAAGGUUCUUGCAGCUUCAGUUCGCUAGAAGAGAGAGCGAAGCUCAAUUUUCCAAGGACAUAUUGGAAGAUCUACGAAUGCGGAUGAAAAAAAUCAAGACGGAAAAUGAUGAGAAAUAA